AUGGAGGUGCGCCCUCCGCUGGUGGAGCUGCCGCAAAUCGUCGCGCAGCUGCUGGUAAUUCAGACUCGCGUGAUGGAGCCGCUGCCGAUCUUCGGGUCGCAGACCGACGUGGCGAUGAUUGUCGUGCUGGCCCUGAUGCAGAUCGUCAUGGGGCUGCUGACGAGCGUCGUGUUCCCUGAACAGCCACCGGCGGAGGUCGGGCCGAUUGUCUCCGAGCUGCCCUUCCCCAUGGAGAUGGUCGUGGAGAGUGUCUUCUACCUCUUGGAGCCGCAGAACGACGUGGAUAUGCUGUUCGUGCUGAUGAUGCCGCAGAUCGUGGUGAAGUGGGAGAUGAUGUUGGGUGGGAUCGCGCUGAAACUUGUGCUGCGCGGGCCGGAAGUAUCCCUGCUGCCCCCGACCGUCGGGCGCGUCGCCGAGAUGCUGCGGUGGAUGAGCGCGUCGGCGGCUGACGCGAGUGCCGCGGCCACGGCCUACUGCAGAGCCUGUCGACCCGUACGUCUGCAGAGGUCCCUGGAGUCCAAGACGAGCCAGAGUGUGACGCACAUGGUCCACGGAUCCACAGUCCUGAGUGGGGACUGGGCCGCCGCCGCAGCCGCCCAGCGCUCCGUGGUCGUCCAGGCCGCCGAGAUCCGCGAGGGCCUGCGGCAGUGGGGCCUCGCGAGGGCCGCUUGCGCCCGCGUCAACGCCGCCCGCGGUGAGCUUGCGGAGGCCAAGCGGAGCAGCGCCGACAGGGAUGCCCAGGCCCGGGCGGAGUGCCGGGCGCUGCUGGAGGAACGCCAGGAGCGGCAGCGGGACGUCGCCGCCCUCGCGGCGGACGUGGAGGCCAGGAGGAGGCAGCACGGCCGCCUCGUCGAGCGGCGCAGGGCGGUGGAGGACCACCUGGAGGAGCUGAGGACGAGCCGCGUAUCAGCGUCGCGCCAGUCUGAAGAGGCGCUGCGCCGUAAGGCACAGGUCUCGGUGGAGAGCGCGCAGGCCGGCGAGGAGCUGGAGAGCGCCCUGCUGGCGCUGCGCGAGCACGAGGUGGACCGGGGCAUGGCGGAGCUGCUGCAGACGCAGCGCCAGCUCAUCUCUUUCCGGCAGGCGCACGCCGCGCUGAGGGAGGCUCUGAAGACGACGACGCAGCAGUUGGAAUGGGAGCGGGAGUACGAGCAGAGCCUGAAGGCAGACCACGAGAUGACAAAUCUCAGCCUCGAGGCGCUCGCGAGCGGCUACCUGGAGGCCCUCCACGAGAUCGCCGGCGUCGAGCAAUAG